AUGGUAUCAACAUUACCUUUGAUUUCGUCCAUCGAGCUUCCGUCAGGCGCAAAAUAUGAACAGCCUCUUGGUUUGUUCAUCGACAAUGAGUUUGUGAAGCCUGUCUCAACUGCCGGCAAAGGUGAAAAGCUGAUCACUGUCAAUCCGUCCACUGGCAAACCAAUCACUGAAGUCUACUGUGCGAGCGAAAAGGACGUGGAUGUUGCUGUUAAGGCCGCAAACAAGGCCAUGGAGACCUGGAAAAGCGUUGAACCAACUGUUCGUGUGGAAUUGCUGUUGAAAUUGGCAGACUUGGUUGACGAGCACACACAAACCCUUGCUGCAAUCGAGGCGUUGGACUCGGGCAAGCCCCUCAAUUCCAAUGCUAUGGCAGAUGUCGAGUCCGUAGCCUCCUACUUGCGUUACUGUGCUGGUUGGGCAGAUAAGCUCCACGGUAAGCAGAUUCCGAUUAGCUCAACAUGCAUGGCAAUCACAAAGAGGGUCCCUUUGAUCGUCGGUUGUAUUGUGCCUUGGAAUUACCCAAUUAGUAUGGCAUCAUGGAAAUUCUGCCCUGCUCUUGCUGCAGGUUGCACAAUUGUCAUGAAGAGUAGUGAGAUUACCCCUCUGUCUUUGCUAUACUUUGCCCAACUCGUGAAACUUGCUGGAUUUCCUCCAGGCGUCUUCAAUGUUCUUUCCGGGUAUGGUAAAGACGUUGGAUCAGCCAUUUCAAGACACCCAGGUCUGGGUAAAGUUGCAUUCACAGGAUCCACUCUUACGGGUAAGAAAGUGAUGGCUGAUGCAGCUAACUCCAACUUGAAGAGCGUUUCGUUGGAAUGCGGCGGAAAAUCGCCUUUGAUUGUAUUCGAAGACGCAGACUUGAAAGAAUGUGCUAAGUGGGCCAGUUUUGGUGUUAUGUACAAUACCGGUCAAAAUUGUACUGCUAACUCCCGUAUUCUAGUCGAUGAAAAAAUCUUUGACUCUUUCUUGAAAAUAUUUCUCGGUCAGCUCAAGAAGGACUGGAAGCUGGGUAACGUUUUCAGUGAGUCAACUACAAUGGGUCCCGUUGUGAGCCAGCAACAGUACGAUCGCGUACAAUCAUACAUCAAAAUUGGUGUUGAAGAAGGUGCAACAUUGCACCAGCCAUUGCUUGACACCACACCUUCAGCUGGCUUCUACAUUUCUCCAAGUGUUUUCACCAAUGUCAAGGAGGACAUGAGAAUUGUUAAGGAGGAGAUUUUCGGUCCCGUAGUGACCAUUUCCAAAUUCUCAACUGAAUCUGAAGCUGUGAAAAAAGCAAAUGACACAAUUUAUGGUCUAGCGGCUAUGAUCUUCACCACUAACUUUGAGCGUGCAAAUAGAGUCGCAGACCAAGUUGAAGCAGGAAGCAUCUAUUUGAACAGUUCUAACAACGAAGAUGUCAGAGUUCCUUUCGGUGGUAUGAAGAUGAGUGGUAUCGGAAGAGAGUUGGGUGAAGAAGCUUUCAACUUAUAUACCGUUAGCAAGAGUAUCUACUACAACUAUGGUUCCAAAUUAUGA